GCAAGGCAAUCUGCGGUCCUUUUAUUUUAUGAUGCGCAUAACAAUCAACAAAAUUCCAAUCCGAAGGAUAAGUCUGCUUGAAAAAUGAAAGAAAAAUACAAACACGCAGGCGGCCAAGAAAUUUCGAAAGUCUCAAUUUUAGAGAAUGUUAAAAAAAAAUAUACCUAAAUAUUAAAUCCAAUAUAAAUAAAUCCUUCAAAACUGUAAAAUUCACGCCCACAACAAAUGGAACUUACUCACAUCUUACCUGCAACCUUCGCCCUUCUCCUCUUUCUCUAUGCUCUCUUUCGUAUUGCAUCUCGGAGAUCCUCCGCCGCCCAUCGCUCGAACAAAAGACACCCACCUGAAGCCGCCGGUGCUUUGCCACUGAUCGGCCACCUCCAUAAACUAAGUGCAACAGAGCCAACUCACAUAACCUUGGCCAAAAUGGCCGACGCCUACGGACCUAUCUUUACCUUAAGAUUGGGCAUGAACACAGCCCUUGUCGUCAGCAGUUGGGAAAUAGCGCGCGAGUGUUUCACCACAAACGACACAAUUUUCGCUUCCCGCUCAAAAGUUGUUGCCUCAGAGCUGCUCGGCUACAACUACGCAGCCUUGGGAAUUAGCCCCUACGGUCCAUACUGGCGCCACGUGCGCAAACUAGCCACGCUUGAACUCUUGACGAACCAUCGCCUCGAGCAGCUCCAACACAUUAGAAUAUGUGAGGUUCAAAAUUCGAUCAAGAAACUGUAUGAGUUAUGUGCGGACAGCAGAAAUAAGGGGUCAGGUGGGAAAGUGAGGGUUGAGAUGAGGAGGUGGUUUGGGGAUGUAAGUUUGAAUACAAUAUUUAGGAUGGUGGUUGGAAAGCGAUUCAGCGCUGUUUUCGAAGGCAGUGGUGCGGAGCAGUACAGAGAGGCGUUGAGGGCUUUUUUUGAACUGUUUGCGGCAUUUGUUCCUUCAGAUUUGUUUCCGUUUCUAAGUUGGUUGGAUUUGGGAGGGUAUAAGAAGGCCAUGAACAAGACCGCCAAGGUGCUUGACCAAAUGCUUAGUAAAUGGAUCGAAGAACAUCGAGAGAAGAAGAAGAAUUGGGGUGAAGGUGGAGUGGAAACAGAGGAGCAAGACUUCAUGGAUCUCAUGCUUUCUGCUGUCCACGACGACGGAGGGUUAUGUGGUAUUGGUGGCGAUACAGUCACCAAAGCUACUUGUUUGACGAUGAUAUUAGGUGGAUUGGACACCACAACAAUUACUAUGACAUGGGCUCUUUCUCUACUCCUCAACGACCAAGAAGCACUCAAGAAGGCCCAACUUGAAUUAGAUGAAAAGAUUGGAAGAUCAAGACAAGUGAAAGAGUCUGAUGUCAAAAAUCUAACAUAUCUCCAAGCUAUUGUGAAGGAGACAUUGCGUUUAUAUCCUGCAGCACCGUUAUUAAUCCCUCAUGAAUCCGUAGAAGAUUGUAUAGUUUCAGGUUAUCAUAUUCCUGCAAGGACACGCCUUUUAGUGAAUGUUCAAAAACUGCAAAAAGACCCACUUGUAUGGGAGGAUCCUUGUGAAUUUCGUCCAGAAAGAUUCUUAAUAAGCCACACAAAAUUUGAUUUAAGAGGACAAAAUCAUCAACUAAUGCCAUUUGGAAGUGGUCGAAGAAAAUGUCCUGGAAUCUCAUUUUCCCUUCAACUUAUGCAUCUUACCCUCGCAAAUCUACUUCAUGAAUUUGAAAUUGGUAGGCCAUCUGAAAAAUUACUUGACAAGGAAGAAGAGGGUUUUGGGUUGACUGGUGUUAAAAAAACUCCUCUUGAAGUUGUUUUAAGUCCUCGUUUAUCGUCUAUCGAGUCAAGUUCAUGA